AGCUGCUCGAGGCUUUCGGAAAGUUGCUGUCGUAGUAGUUUGAAGUUUCAUUGUUUUAAAGACGAAGUUUGUGGCGUAGGGAUGGCAACGGAAAGGAUACAAACAAUCAAGCGGCAUUUGGCUGGUUCUCAGGCAUCCGGUACUCAAAACAAUGGGCCAGAAAAGUGCAUACCGAAAAACAGACACACUGUUCUCAAGUGGAACGGCUGGGGCUACAAAGACUCGAAGUUUUACGUGGAUGAUAAAACCAGAAAAAUUUGUUUUGUUGGAGAUAGGUAUCCUAUAGGAAAUCAAGUGCUUCCACUGUUUAAGUCAUGGGUGGAGACGACACUUGGGGUUGACUUGGAUGUCCGACAUCAUUCACAGCCAGAAAUAAGUGACAAGGACUUGCCUGAUCCUAUUAUCAAUGAAGAUUUUAUGACAGAGUUGAAUACAACACACAUCUCUUUCACUACAGAUGGACAAGAUAGACUCUUCAGAGCCCAUGGACACACUAUGAAAGAAAUAUUUAUUCUGAGAGAAAGCAGAUUUGAUAGAAUUCCAGACUUGGUGGUUUGGCCAGUUUGUCAUGAAGAGGUUGUAAAGAUGGUCAAUAUGGCAUACAGACAUGAUGUAGUAAUAAUUCCUUUUGGAGGUGGAACUAGUGUUUCAGGAGCAUUAGAGUGUCCAGCAGAUGAGAGAAGAAUGAUAGUUUCCUUGGAUACGUCUCAAAUGAAUAAGAUAAUAUGGGUGGAUAAAGAGAACCUCUUAGCCCACAUCGAGGCUGGGAUUAUUGGAGAGGACUUGGAUAAGAAGCUUGCUGAGUAUGGUCUCUGUACCGGCCACGAACCUGACUCGUACGAGUUCAGCUCGUUAGGAGGCUGGGUGGCCACGAGGGCAUCUGGAAUGAAGAAGAAUGUUUAUGGGAACAUAGAAGAUAUGGUAGUUCAUAUAAAAAUGGUUACAUCUCUUGGUGUCCUGGAGAAAAACUGCAAUGUACCUCGAAUUUCGUGUGGUCCUGAUAUUCAUCAUUUUAUCCUGGGUUCGGAAGGAACUUUAGGAGUUAUUACAGAAGUUACUCUAAAAGUCCAUCCAAUACCUGAAUGCAAGAAAUAUGGAUCAGUGAUUUUUCCUUCAUUUGAACCAGGAGUAAAGUGUCUAAGAGAAAUAACUAGACAGAGACUAAAACCAGCAUCUAUUAGACUGAUGGACAAUGAACAGUUUGUUUUUGGUCAAGCUCUGAAACCAGAAGCUGCUUCUUUAGUGACUACUCUGAUGGAUAGAGUGAAGAAAUUUUAUGUCACUAAAGUCAAAGGAUUUGACGUCCAGAAGAUGUGCGUAGCAACUUUACUGUUCGAAGGAACAAAGGAGGAUGUAGAAGCACUGGAAAAGAAAAUAUAUAAUAUUGCAUUGAAGUUUGGUGGUAUAUCAGCAGGUGAGGAGAAUGGGUUGCGAGGAUAUAUGCUAACAUUUGUUAUUGCCUAUAUAAGGGAUCUUGGAUUAGAUUAUGGGGUUGUAGCAGAAUCAUUUGAAACUUCAGUCCCUUGGAACAGGGUGAUUGAUCUAUGUCGUAAUGUGAAGGAUAGAAUCAGAAGAGAAGUUGAAAACCAUGGAAUUCGGCUACCCCCACUAAUCACAUGCAGGGUUACUCAGACCUAUGAUGCUGGAGCGUGUGUUUACUUUUAUUUUGCCUUUAAUUACAGCGGUGUUCCUGACCCUGUCCACUGUUACGAAGAGAUUGAGUCAGCGGCCAGGGAUGAGAUCAUUGCUACUGGCGGCAGUAUUUCACACCAUCAUGGAGUGGGUAAGGUUCGUAAGCGGUGGCUGGAGAAGACCAUCUCUAGUGUUGGCUUGGACAUGCUUAGAGCUAUAAAGCAAGAAGUGGACCCAAAGAACAACUUUGCUAAUGGCAACUUGAUGAUACCAUGAUAACCUCUAUUUCGUAUUUGUGAGAUGAUAAUUUGUAGUAAUCUUUUAGAAAUUUCUUAAUAUAUAUAUAUAUAUGAUUUUGAAAUGUUUUUUUAAAAACACAAUCUUUCCCUUUCUUUGUUUAAAGGUGUACAAGUAAUUAAACCUAAAGUUGUGAUGUUUUAAUUAGCAUGACAACAAAGAAAUUGUGACUAAUAUUUGAAACCGGGGUAACAUUUCAAUAGAAAGGAUGAUUUUAUCCGUAAUAUGUAGUAUUUUGAUAUCCUUUUGUGUUGCAACUGUCAUUUUUAUUUUCCACUAGAGUAAAACCCGUGCCAGAAAGGACUCCUGAUUUUUUUGUACAGAUUAACAGAAGUAUGAAGUAACUGAAUCCGAUUAUAUAUGAAUUCUUUGAAUUUUCAUCUAGGCUUAACAGUUUGUAGUACAUCAUGAUAUAAUUAAGAAGGUUUAAACUCACGUAUUACUUGUAGUGAAGUUAUUUUUUAAUUCUGUGAUAUUUUUAUAUCUUCUUCUUCGUUAAAAACUGGCAAAUUCUGAGGGCAUUUUAUGUUUUUCUUGCAAAGAUAUAUAAAGUCGAAUCGGAUAAUACAAAACAAAAUGCUGGCUAAAGUACCAUUAUUUGUAUAUGGGUUUGAAUUGUUAACAAAGUCACCCGAAAACCUUUUAUGUCUUCAACCAUCCUCGUUAUGCUUAUUUUUUCACUAACAAGAAAUAACUUUAAAUGCAGUGUGGGUGUAUUUAUAUGAAGGUACAUGAAAACUGCACCCAGUUUAAGCACUUCAUGUUAGUGGGGGGGGGGGUCUACAUUAUUGCCCAUUUUUUGCUAAGAGAAAGUUUGUAUUGAGUUGACAGUUCUCGGGCAUAGGUGUAUGCGGUUGCCGAGAUUUACGCUCUUGGAAACUAAAUACAGACAGUUCAAAGUAUGUAUUAUUAUUAUAACAUGGAUAUGAAGUUGAUUAUGAACUAAUUCAAUGGGAAUUGAUAAGGUUUCACUAUAGAAACUCAACUAUAGGUUGAGCUUUCUGGUGAACUGCAACAUAAAACCCACUCAUCACAGAUACAAAAACCGUCUUCAAUAUGCUUUAAAUGUUUUAAUUUGAGCAGGUGUUCACAAACAAUCUUUAUCGCAGUUUUUGUCGCCUGAAAAAUUAUAUCAUGGAACUGUUCAAAGCACAGUGAUUGGGUGGGAAUGUUAUGCACACGAGUGCCUGCAGGAAGGGGCAAGGGGGGGGGUCACUUGACCCCCCCCCUCCCCCGGAAUUUUU